AUUUAACUUCAAAGUAACUUUGUUCCUUUCCGUUUAGAGAAGAGAGUCCGACAAGCAAGCUGAAGAGCAAAUGCACGACGUUGGCCAAGGGCGCCAUCCAGGCCUCUCGCAGCCCGUACCUGGAGAUAGCCCGGUGGCUCUGGCAAGACGUAAAUGGCAGCCCGAAAAAGAUAACACUUGCCAAGGAGUCUGUGAGAGAGUUACCUGAAGUGAAGCGCCGUCGCGGAAUCUUAAAGAAGGUUCUAGAAGACGUGACGCUGGAUGGUAUGUGUUCAAUAGGAACAACCACAGAUAAGAAACAACCCACUCUAGACAGGAUACUGAAAGAAAAUCAUAUCUUCCUGAAGUACUCGAAGAGCUGCAAGUCGAAGAAGAAGCGCGUGCGCAUGGACAAGAAGCCGUCCUUCUUCUUCCCGCGGCGCGAGCGCGAGUGUGAGCCCGGCUCUGCCGAGUCGCUCCACGAAGCCACACCUCACAAGCCUAAGCGAGUCACUUUACCACCGAUUGACAAUGAUAACUCGUCAGAACAAUCAGAGGAGGACGCGAACCUCGAGCGUAAGCCGGCGCGUCUGAUCCUGCGCGCGUCGGCCGGCGAGCCGUCCGGCGGGCUGUCCGGCGGGCCGGACCCGUCUGACGUGUCGGACGCGUCGGACGAUGACAGCGAUCGGAGGUCCCAAAUCUCUAAGAGGUCCAGUGCUCCAGAGCUGAGCUGCGCAAACAAGCGCUCAAGACGUCCACUUCAGCGCCAGGUUCCUCAACUGAGUAUCCGUGCGGAGCCUAGCCAAGUUGCUCCUAAAAAGCCUCCCUGCAGGGUUCCCAAAGAACGACUUUAUUUCAAGAAUAUGACUAUAGCCGAGCCGAAGGCGAUACAGCCACAGAAUAUAUAA